CUAUAUAUCCACACGGACGCAGCCCGCGCCUUUGUGCCCUCCGGAGCGCACGGCGGCGGCCUCCUGCCGACCUUCGCGGUAGCAAGCUAGCCGCAGCUAGCGUCUCUUUCAUCCGUCCUCCUGCGCCGGCCGUCAUGACCUUCCCGCUGGUUUGCUACUGCAACGCGGUGCCGCGCCCCGUGGCCGCGCUGUUCAAGACCAUCCACGCCGCGGCGCUGGUGGUCGUGCUGGUCCUCUGCUUCCUGGGCCUCUACGAGUUCCCCUACGACCCCGAGGACCACGCGCCGGUGAUCAACGGGCGGGCCCGCGGCGGGCGGGACGCCCCUGGGCCGGAGGCGGUGAAGCGGCACCUCCCGCUCGUCGAGUUCCUGGAGCUGAUGGUGGUGGCUCCGUCGCCGUCGUCGGGGGCGGAGGCGGCUCCGACGUGCCGGGUGUGCCUGGAGAGGCUGGAGGCGGCGGACGGGGUGCGGCGGCUGGGAAACUGCGCCCACGCGUUCCACGCGCGCUGCAUCGACCGCUGGAUCGACCUGGGCGAGGUGACGUGCCCGCUGUGCCGCUCCCACCUGCUGCCGCGCCGGCGCGCCGGCCUGCUUGGCAUGGCACGGCUUGGCGACGGCUAGUAUAGUCGCCCGUCCGUCCGUACCUGGUUGUUUCCUUGCCACGUGACGUGCGUGCCCGUGCCCGUGUGCUUGGCUUUCAGGCGCGCGGCACUGGUGCCGGAUGGGGGCGGACCAACCGUGAACUGAUCGCGAUUAGGACGAUGGACUAACCACCAACCUGAUGUUAUUAAUGAAUGGGCGCAAGUUAAAUUAACCGGAGGAGGUUG